AUGUAUCCAUUCAGCAGAUACAUAAAGUCGCUUACUCCGCAGCAAAACCUGAUGCCCGAGGAGUCGUCGUCGAAGUCGGAGGCGGUGUUCCGGUUCACGCAAAACCUGAUGCCCGAGGAGUCGUCGUCGAAGUCGGAGGCGGUGUUCCGGUUCACGGUGCUCAACUUCAAGACGCGGCGGCGCUCGGUGGAGUCGCGGCCCUUCCACUUCCACGAGCUGCCGUGGAGCAUCAAGAUGGUGCCGCGGUUUGAGAACACCACCAGCUUCUCGGAAAGCAAGUUCUUUGGAUUGUAUCUCAGAUGCGAGGGCAUCAAGGACAGCCAGUGGGCGGUGUCGGUGCGCGCCGAGCUACGGCUGGUGGCGCAGGCGCCGCGCGCGCGGAACAUCGCCAUGCAGAUACACAAGACCUUCACCAAGUAA